CUCUAUAUAAUGGACUGCUGGCAGUUUACCACUUACUUUCUGUCUCUUGUGUGGUGUAUCAUACCUGGAGAAUGAAGACCUUCGUGAAGACUUCAUCACUGUUUCUGAUGCUGUGCUGUGCUCUGCAGCUGAAUACCUCAGCUGGCACUAAAGCAAUUGUGAGCGUAAACAGUAUCUGCUGCUUUAAUGAAAUCAAUGUCAGAAUACCUCUGAAACGGCUGGAGUCUUAUUUCUGGACAAGCAGCAGUUGCCCUUUCAAACACAUUGUAUUUGUAACAGUUCCAGAUUCCAAGAAACAGAAGAAAGAAGAGAUUCAGAAGAAUCUAUUCUGCAUGGACCCUGAAUAUAAAUGGGUCCAGAGGGCCAUUAACUACUUAGACAAGAAACAUGCUUGA